AUGUCAUAUGAUAUGAGAAGUUGCUUUCCACCUAACCGACUCACCUUUAUUCGUCCUUCCCUUCUCCCUCUUUCAUGGAUGCACCUCCGUUACUCCAUUGAUUCUGAUACACAUUCCACAUUUUUCCAUUUCCUAAUGGCCAACUUACGCCCCGCUUUCACUAAAUUCAUCUCUCUCCUCUUCAUCCUUAUCCACCUUGGUUGUUUCAUGAUCUUCCCCACCUCCGAUCACCACCGUCGUCGGUCCAAAAAGACCAAAAACCCAUCGUCUCCGAUCCCACUCCUCCGCCCCACUGCCACCAAACUUAAACCCCACAAAACCCUUUCCGCCUCUUGGUCUUUUAUCAAACAAAUCUUCUCAUCCAAACCCACUUCCCAAACCGACAACAAUUCAUCCAUUAUCCAUCAUGUACCAUCUCCGGCCUCCUCCACUCGCUCCUUACGUAAUUCCACCAUUAACGCCCCUCUGGAAACAAUCCUUCUGGACCCUCAACAACAAAGAAACCGACCCGGAUCUCUAACUGAAUCCGACUUCUUCCCUCUCCGCAACGACAUCUACCCCUGCCCCAACUGCGGCGAGAUUUUUCAAAAGCCCGGUUUGCUGGAACAACACCAGGCUUUCAAACACGCGGUGUCGGAGCUAUUCGACGAGGAUCCCGGGAAAAACAUUGUCCGGAUCAUAUUCCACACGGGUUGGCCAAUUAACGGGAAGAACCCGAUGAUUUACCGGGUCAUGAAGAUCCACAACAGUCCCAAGAUACUUACCCGGUUCGAAGAAUACCGUGAGAUCGUAAAAUCGAGGGCGGCUAGACACGGUGGAGGACGACGAAGAGACGAACGUUGUAUCGCCGACGGCAACGAGCUUCUCCGGUUUCACUGCGCCACGUUCUUGUGUGACCUGGGGCAAAAUGGUAAUUCCAGCAUCUGCAGCCAUCAGUACUGCAGUGUGUGUGGGAUCAUUCGGGUCGGGUUCUCAUCCAAAUUGGAUGGCAUAUCAACGUUAUCAACUAGUUGGAAAGGACACAUGGCACUCCCGGAAGACCUCGAGGAGGAAUUCCGGUUCAUGCACGUGAAACGGGCUAUGCUCGUGUGCCGAGUCAUAGCGGGUCGAAUCGGGUGUGACCCGGAAAUGGGGGACAAGGAUGACCCGGGAUAUGAUUCAUUGGUCGGGGGUGAACCCGGUGGGACACAUACCAGGUCGGACGAAGAGGAUGAAUUGAUUGUUUUUAAUCCAAGGGCUGUGCUUCCUUGUUUUGUGAUUGCGUAUACAGUUUGA